UUUCAAACAGACAUUUUCACGGCUGCUUGCAAGGGAAACCACUUGAGAACCUGACGCUACAGAUGGAUUUCAUCUGGUUACUUUUGGGGCUGCUGUUAUGUUUGCUCAGCAUCAAAAUCAUCAACAUUUAUCGAACUGCAGCAUUAUUUCCCCCUGGACCAACUCCGCUACCAUUCAUUGGAAAUCUUUAUGCAAUCCAAUUUCAGCUUCAUCAUAAGAAGCUAAUGAAGCUUUCGAAGAUAUAUGGGAAUAUCAUUACUGUUUGGGCUGGGCAAACCCCUAUGAUUGUGCUGAAUGGAUAUGAAACUGUAAGACAAUGCCUAACCAGCAACUCAGAGCAACUUGCAAACCGCCCUACAACACCAUUCUUUAAAUACUAUUCUGAGGAAAGAGGAAUCAUUUUCUCCAAUGGGCACAACUGGAAGCUGCAGAGACGUCUUGGCCUUAAGAUUCUGCGCAACCUGGGCUUGGGUAAGAAGAAUCUGGAGUGGAGAAUCAAAGGAGAAGCUCAUAAUCUUGUGGACAUGUUUUUAUCUCAGAAAGGACGUGCAAUCAACCCUAAACAUUGCAUAAUUAAUGCUGUCAGUAAUGUGACGUAUGCUGUACUCUUCGGCCAUAGCUUCUCAUUGAAAGAUGAAAUCUUUUGUUCCAUUGUUGAUGCUAGCAGUGUGGUUACAAAUUUUUUUGGAACUCCCUGGGGUCAGGUUUAUGAUAUUUUUCCCUGGCUCCUGCAUCAUCUCCCAGGUCCUCAACAGACUGUGUACAAAGCUCUGCACUUUAUGAAACAAUAUAUAAGGCAAGAAAUAAAGCAACAUCAACAGAACCCUUCAUCUGAACCUCAAGAUGUUGUGGAUUAUUAUCUGGAAUAUAUCUCAAAGGCUCAGGAUGAUCCUUCUUCCACAAUUAAUGAGGAUAACAUGAUUCAAUUAUUGUUGGAUUUCCAGCUGGCUGGUACUGAAACUACCACAUCUGCACUACAGUGGGGAUUACUGUAUAUGGCGGUCCACCAAGAUAUACAAGUAAAAGUCCAGAAAGAACUCGAUGCAUUUGUACAAAGCACUGAAAAUCUACAAUAUGAAGACCGAUUGAGUUUGCCGUACACCAAUGCUGUAAUCCAUGAAAUACAGAGAUUUUCUACUGUGGCUCCUAUGGGCCUACCUAGGCAAUGUACAGAAGAUAUUGAAUUUCAUGGUUAUUUAAUCAAAAAGGGAACUAUAAUUAUAGCUAACCUGGACUCUGUUCACAUGGAUCCCAAACAGUGGAAAUUCCCAGAAACGUUUAAUCCAUCAAACUUUUUGGAUGAAGAUGGCAAUUUUCAGGGCAAUGAAGCAUUCCUACCAUUUUCUAUAGGCCAUCGUGUUUGUUUGGGAGAACAAUUAGCCAGGAUGGAGCUCUUUAUAUUUCUUACCACCCAACUGAAGAGUUUAAGCUUUCAUCUUCCCCAAGGAGUAACUGAAGUUAACAUGGAUGGAAUUUUUGGACCUCCAUUAAGACCUAAUCCAUAUGAAAUCUGUGCUGUCCCCCGUUAGAUUAGUUUUCUUGUGGCAUUUUUUUUAUUCUAAUGUCAUAGAUAGCACAUUCUAUCCAUGUUCUCAUGCCAUAGAUAGCACAUUCUAUCCAAUCAGUAGUUUCCCCCAAAAGCUGUAAAUACACACCAUUCAGCCGUAACAUUAAAAGGACCUUCUUAACCCCUUAGUGACCACACACAUUUUUUAAAAAUCGCAUUCCAAGAGCUAUAACUUUUUAGUUUUUUCAUCAAUGUACUUGUAUGAGGUCUUAUUGUU